AUAAUGUUUAUAUAUUAAAUAAUAAUCAUUUGUUAACGUUCAACGUAAACACGUGCGCUACCAUUUUGAGCGAACAAUGUAAAGUACAGCGGUAGAAUACUUUUUUUCGACGGCGGUAGAAAGCUAUAUUACAUUUUUAAAAGCGGCGGUAGCUUUGAGCAAAUGUAUCGCCCAGCCUACUGUAGAGUGCUGUAAACCUAAGAAAGAGUAGAAUGAAGCAGAACAAAAUAUAUUUUUACCUUCACCGUUCUCAUCGUCGCUGGUACACUCUCUAGAGUAAAUGUAUCUACCAUCCGUUGUAGCAGGCGGUAGCACUCAGAGUGUGUAGAAUGUAGGGAAAGAAAUGUACUUUACCGGUACCGUUCGCAUCACUGGUCAGGGGUCCUAACUAAACCCUCUGCCCAAAACUCGAUAACCAAGUUUAUGUGCGCACUAAAUUGAUGUGUUCUCUUACAUGUUCAUUUUUCGUGUUUUACUUUAAUAUGUGCUACCAUGGAAUAAUAUGUUGCUUUAUUUAGAUUAUUCCACGCAUUUUUAUGUUGUUUCUACGUUAUCUUGAUCGUAUUAGAUAGGAAAUUAUAUAACUAUUUGUUUAUUUUAGUUCAUUAUCUCGUAUCCAUUGGCGCUGCAGUCGCUGGAGAGUAAUUUUUUUGUUGCUGAACGGUUUUGGUCGGAGAAUUCACGCAGGUAUCUUUAAAUGAGAGAAAUUAACAAAAACAUAAACAAACCGUACGAUAACAAGCUUUCGCGAGCUGACUCAUCGAACCAGCAAAAUGUUAGAACAAUUUUGAUCAGAAAUCAAAAUCAGAUAGAACAUCGUUAGGAAGAACUUCAUAUAUAGAACACGUAAAAGUAAUUAGUUGUGAAAUGUCGGUUGAGUCUGCUUGUCGUUUGAUUUUAUCCCGGGCUCUUGAUGCUGACGAAGAUGGUCAUAGAGAAUUGGCCAUCGAGUUGUAUGGAAAAGCAGUAGAAACAAUUCUUUCUAUCGAGGAUCGUGAAAAACGCGAAAAGCUCAAUAGAUUUGCUAAACAAGCACUUGAACGGGCUGAAGAACUGAAAGGCAUCAAGCACGUCCCCUCAAUUGCCCCUGGUACGACUACGGCUCAUCCGGUACGAAGUAGCACUACCGUUGUCAGUCCUGUGCACAGUCCAAGACUAGAGGUAAGCGGAUCUCGAAAUGCAUACACCAGUGAGGAGAAAAAAGUACUCGAACACACGUCUCGUAUUAAUUCCAAGAUUUAUGUUCCAUUUAUGGAUAUCGAUUUGAUGGAAAAGUUCAUAUUCCCUAUUCCAUUUUCCGAUAAAGAUGGAAUUCUGGAAUUAGCACCGAAACAGAAGCGGGAUUUUGUUCAGUGGAUACGCGUUGGAGAUCUUUGCGAAAGACCACAGUUAAUUACUGGCGACCACGCGGAUUUUUAUAGUAUCCGGCAGACAGUGGUUUCAGAUUGUAGUUUUGUGGCAUCACUCGCAGUUGCAUCUUUGUACGAAAAAAAAUUCAAUCGUAGGAUUUUAACGUCGAUUAUUUACCCGAGAAAUAGUCGUGAUGAACCAAUUUAUAACCCUAGUGGAAAGUAUUCGGUUCGGAUGCAUGUUAAUGGAAUUCCAAGAAAGGUAGUAAUUGAUGAUUAUUUGCCACUGGGAAAAUUUAAUCAGUUGCUGUGCUCUUAUUCGAGCAACAAAAACGAGUUCUGGGUGUCACUGCUAGAGAAGGCUUAUAUGAAACUGAUGGGAGGAUAUGAUUUUCCAGGUUCCAAUAGCAACAUUGAUUUGCAUGCGUUGACAGGUUGGAUACCGGAGCGAGUAUCGAUCCGUCCGAACGAAGCCGAUUUUAACGCAGAUGCAGUGUUCAGUCGUCUUAAGGAAGGGCUUACUGCUGGUCGGUGUCUUGUAACUGUUGCAACUGGCGAUCUAUCUGAUGCUGAAGCCGAGCGCACGGGACUCGUUUCCACUCACGCCUAUGCAGUGCUCAGCAUGCGUGAGAUCGAUGGAGUAAAGUUGUUUCAGUUAAAAAAUCCUUGGUCACAUCUACGUUGGCGCGGAAAUUAUUCUGAGCUUGAUACUGUCCAUUGGACUCGAGAAUUGCAGGAAUUGUUAGACUAUGACCCAACACUGGCAGCAAACUAUGAUAACGGAGUGUUUUGGAUUGACUAUAACUCCAUUCUGAACUUUUUCGACGUAUUAUAUUUAAAUUGGGAUCCGGCUCUGUUCCAUUAUACUUACUGCAUACAUCAAUCGUGGAACGCGGGUGUUGGUCCAAUGAAAGAUGCUUAUAAUGUUGGUGACAAUCCUCAGUUCAGUUUGACUGUGCCAGCGGGAAAAGGCUCUGUUUGGAUUUUACUGACUCGACACAUUACUACAAUUGAAGAUUUUCGAGAAAAUCGAGAAUAUAUAACAGUAUUGGUAUAUAAAAACAAUGGUAAAAGAGUCUAUUAUCCUUCGGAUCCUCCCCCUUACAUUGAUGGCGUACGGAUUAAUAGUCCGCACUACUUGUGUAAAAUUCGACUAGAUCCUAGUUCAGUUCGGAAGUAUACACUUGUGAUAUCGCAGUAUGAAAAAACAGCUACUAUUUAUUACACAUUGCGUGCAUAUUGCCGAGAUAAAUUCGAUUUAAGAAAGAUCGACAGUCAAUUUCAAACAGUGGAGUUUGAAAUUUCAAGUGUGUAGAAUGUAGGGAAAGAAAUGUACUUUACCGGUACCGUUCGCAUCACUGGUCAGGGGUCCUAACUAAACCCUCUGCCCAAAACUCGAUAACCAAGUUUAUGUGCGCACUAAAUUGAUGUGUUCUCUUACAUGUUCAUUUUUCGUGUUUUACUUUAAUAUGUGCU